AUGGAACCCCUUCCAGAAUAUACACCCAAGCAGGCCAGCUACAAAGAGAAAGCCGCAAUCAGGUGGAAUGUAAACGAUCUGCUAGCUUGGAUCAAAGACAAGCGACCGGACCUGCUCGACAAUGACGGCAGUGAGAAACUCAGAAAGGCAGAAACCUCAGGAGAGGUUUUCUUGGCUUGUGCUGGUAACAGGGAGUUCUACAGAAAUGAUUGCAAGCUACCUCUCGGGACAGCCGCAGUGCUCGCGAAUCUAUCGAGGGAGCUCGCGGAAGAGGAGGCCGCCGGUAUACAGAGAAACAGACACCAGGCCGAAGAUGUGGAGAUGUUCGACGCCGCCGAUAUGAAGAGCCCAAGGAGAGUAUAUGAUGCUUUCAAGGCCGGAAUCCCGUACAAGCCCCCACGUCCUCUUCUAAAUACGAGCGGUGUGAACUGGGUAUUUCAGCCACACCCGGAGCUAUACAAGAUAAUUGCACCGAACGUUCUCGAGCACUACACCAGAUACAAGAAAAAUCAAGCUGACAAGGUGUACGUUCCCAUCUAUUUCUACCUAGGGGGCGCCGGAACUGGAAAGUCGAGACAUGGCUCAGAAUUCGCCUCUUCGGUCCAACAAGCCAUCACGCUCCACACUGAACACAAACUCUACCCUGAGCUUGCGCAGAGAUUGAAAACGGCCUUUGUGUUUCAUGUUUCGUUUGAGAACGAAACAUUCUUGACGGAUGAAGAAAAGAGUAAGCCAUGGAAUGCGGUUGGUGUCAGAAUGCUGCGGCAGCUACUUGGUGGGAAUAUUGAACGUAUCAGGCGCAAAUACGUCGCAACACCUUGUGACGUUUUCCGACUCGUCGCGGCAGCCGAAAACGUUGACCUGUACAACGAUUUCACUGGAAUUUUGGUGGUCGACGGAAUCCAAAGAGUCAUUACGUGGGACGGAGACGGGACGAGUAAUGACAGUGUCUUUUAUGGAUUGUUGCGCCAAAUAGGUGAUUUAAGUUUAAUGUCGCGCCAUCCUUCCGAAACCGAAGAAGGAAAAUUGAGGCAAACACCCUUCAUCUUGACUUGUGUCACUGCGACCUACCUUGGGUUUGCACGUCAAUAUUUUAUGGAUUCCCACCGCAAGCACGUAUAUCUACCACUCAACCGGUUAGAUGUGCCGACUUGGAAGGAUGACAACUCGGAAGUUCUCAACGACGACCCCGGCACCCGUCUUCUCGUGAAUGACGUUGGUGGGCACGCGGGGGCAAUAGAAACAAUCGCCGAAGAACUGGCUCAGUAUCGAAAUAGGUCCCAGCCAAAUAUCACCGAAUUGGCCAAUGCAAUCCUCUUCAAAUUGGAGGACCGCUAUCACGAAGUCAUCUCCAUGAUGGGAGAGGACCUCCUCCCUGUCGUACCGAUUAUCCUCUCCAGACAACCAGUUCGUCUCCAAAGUUCUAUCCCUGGGUCGGACUUGCGGUUGGGGCAUAUUACCGCGCCUGGGCUUCUCUGGUUUGAAAAAGCUGAGGAAGCUUACGAUUCCCAAUACAGUUACGGUGCGUGGGGGUACCUUGUAGCCCCUUACAUCUGGCUCUGGCUGCUUGCUCGGUCGCUACCCCCCCGAAACACCGAGCGCCUUUGCCGACUUCUAAAGGAAUGGGAAUUCAACGAUUACCAACAGCUUCUUCACCUUCAAACAAGCAAAGGACACGCCGGAAAAACCACUUGGCAAAACUUCGAGACAUUCUGUUGCUACUUUCGCAUUUUGCGGUCGUCGGGAUUUAGUGAUAGAGAGGAAGUGGAGUUCAGGUGCUUACAUUCAGGGUGCAAAAAAUUACGAGAUGACAAAGAGGCGGUGGUGGUGAAUCGGCGGCUUGAUUAUGCGGAAGCGGCCCACCAGUACAGCACCAAAGCAACGUCCGCCAAAGAUAUCGUCACCAAAGAUAUCGGAACUUUGGAUGCGGAGAAGCAGUUAUCCCAUGUCAUCCUUAACGCUCCGAGCGCGUCGGCCGGCGAUUUCUUUCUUAGUAUCCAGACGGACUCUGCGCCAUUUACGCCUUUUCGGAGCAAAAUUGUGCGCGAAGUAGGACGGUGCAAAUUUGUCAAAAAGAAGUUGAACGCCGAAACGUACACUGAGGAGAGGAAUAAGGCUGCUGGGCCAGACGAUUUCUUUAUAUUAUACACAACAACCGACGCUCCGGAUGACAUCGCUUUGCCAGACCGGUCCGGGCUUGUUGAUCAGAGUUGCUGGAUGUCCUAUUUUGGUCCAUUUGCCGGUCGUGCCUUCAUAGCGUCGCAGUACGUCAGCUCCCAAGUUGAAGAACCGUAA